AGAGCGAGGUAUGUGUGUUGGAGAUACUAUUAAAACUUAUUAAAACUACGAAGAAUAUACGAAAUAUUACACAGUGCAGAUGGGUCUGCUAAUCAAUCCAAUGACAUCACACAUUAAAAGAAUUACUACCAGCUUUAAUUGAGUACGACGACUGCGAACCGAACGUCAGCGACAGUUCCAAUCUCGAUUGCAGCACUCGUGUCACUAAAACGUCCCAGAUUGUAACAAACGUUUGAAAACAGAAUGACAACUUACAUCGUUGGAUUUAUAUGCGCAUUAGUAUUGGCUCUCGUACUGGUUGUGUGGAUAACGUACUGCAUGUUUUGCAAGGAGAAACACAAGUCGGAGAUCUAUCAGUAUAACAUAUCAGAUUUGCGACGGUAUAAUUAUGAAAUUGCGCAAGAUCACGAGGAAAAGAAAUGCAAAGAAGUAACAGCUGGUAUAUUUAUUCUUCCGUCUCGACACAAAGAAAAAGAUGACAGCUAUAUAAAAAGGCCAGAUUAUCCGGAAGGACCAGUUUCAAAUCUACAGCCGAGGACUGAACAAUUGAUAGAUAUUAUCAGUGACAGUCGAUCUGACAAUGAGGAUCGAAGGUGUGUCAAUUUCAAUAUAGAGUCAAACGCUCAAGGCCAAAGUGACGUAUGAAAUAGUUAUGCAAUCACUAUUCUAUAGACACAGUACACCGAUUAUACCUGUAUUACCGUGUAGCUUGUUGCACCGCUAUUGUUGAUUUUUUUAUAUUUAUUUUUUAAUAAAGAUUUUUAUGCCAUAA